GUCGAGCGUGACGAGGUGAGCGCAUUCGGGAAAUAAACACAGAGUGUGUGUGUGUGGCGUGUACAGUGGUGGCAAGAGCGCGCGUUGAACAAUGUCAUCGUCGAGUAAAAAAGCGAAGGAGCUCGAGGAUCCGGGCUCGGGCGAGGGAGACGCGCGCGACUACGACAUUGAGAUACAGAAGACCCUCGAGGAGAUUGAUGGGUGCCAGAAUCAAAUCGAUGGCCUGAACGAGAAGGCCAGCGACGAGAUCCUCGAGGUCGAGAAGAAGUAUAACAAGCUGCGCAAGCCCUACUUUCAGAAGCGAAACGACAUCAUCAAGAGGAUACCCAACUUCUGGGUGACAGCUUUUGUAAACAACAAAGAAAUAGCAGAAAUACUGGAAGAGGAUGAGGAGGAUGCGCUAAGAUUCUUAAAUAAAUUAGAAGUUGAAGAAUUUGAAGAUAUAAAAUCUGGAUAUAGAAUAAAUUUUCACUUUGAUGAAAAUCCAUAUUUUGAAAACGAGGUUUUAACUAAGGAAUUUCACUUAGGAUCUUCUGGAGAUCCAGCAUCUCAAAGCACACCCAUUCGCUGGAAAGAAGGUGCUGAUUUAACAAAGAGAACAAAGACCAAAGCACCGUUGAAAGGACGCAAGAGGCCACUUAAACACAGAUCGUUCUUUGAUUGGUUCACGGAUCACGGAGAUCCGAGCUCAGAUGAAAUAGCUGAACUAAUUAAGGAUGACAUGUGGCCUAAUCCAUUGCAGUAUUACCUGGCUCCAGACAUAGAUGUAGAGAACGGCAUUGAGGGCGAUGGCGAGGAAUGCGAGAGUGAAGAAGAGGAAGAGGAGGAAGAUGGUGCUGAGGAUGGCGAUGAGGGUGGAGAAGGAGAAGAAGGCGACGACAGCAUAGUGGUAGUUGAGGAUGAUGAUGAAAGAGACGAAGAGGAUGAUGAUGAGGAAGAGGUUGUAAAUGAAGAAGAAGACGGUGUCAAUGAGGAAGAUGUCAACGAAGAAGAUGAUCUGUUAGUACAUGAAGGAGAUUAUGAAGAGGGCGAGGAACCUUGUGAAUAGAGUCGGAUUAACCAAUUUCCGGUAAAAUCAAGCUUCACAGAUACUGUGAGAAAAAAGAAACUGAGCAAAAUUGUGUGCACGGAAUCAAUUAAACACAGGAAAGAUCUACUGGACUGAAAAUAUUAUGCCAUAUGAAUAAAUCUCAGGACACAUUUUUUUAAAUAUAGUUACAAAUAGGAAGACAAGUUAGAAUAUCUAGACUCUUUCAACUGAGAACCUAUGUAUAAACAAAAAAAAACAAAAUACAGCGUUAAGAUAUAUUGAAAGUGGUUUGAAAGGAAAGGGUCUGGAUUAGAGAUUUAGAUAGGUGUUACUCUUGCACUGAAUAUCUGUAUCAGAAAACAUAACAUAAAUUCCUCAGUUAUAUUCAUAUGGCCUAGUCGAUCCCUUUAAUAAAAUAAUGCGACAGAAAAAAAUAUCCGCCUGGUCUUAAUAUUGCGGAUUUCAUCGAUAAGUUAUAGUAAAAAAAAACAAAAAACAAAAAAAACAUAGAAACAAGAUGUGCAUUUGUAAUGGAGAGAGUUCCAUUCAAUUGCUUUUUCAUGAAAAAAAAAAAUUUUAUUUCUCAGAUGUGACUUUUCCCUCUUCCUAGAACGAGGUGUCGCUAAAUAGAAUGUUUUUGAGAGUGACAAUUUUGUGUUUUCUCUAUUUUUCCGCAAACAUGAAACACCAAAUUUCACCCAAUCUCUUUUUUACACAAUUUAUUGUUUUAUCGCAAUUUUUGAUAAAAUAAAUCUAUAAUAGAAACAAAGAUUUUAUCUUUUGCUACGAUGGAACCGAUGGUCUAAAAGAAAAAAAUUGCUGUCAUCUGUAUUCUUAUUUUACAUGUAUAUCUGAUGUUUUUAUAUAAUUAUACUUUGUGAUGAUAUCCGAUUGAGAUUCUAUGUUAUUUACAAGAUACAUCAGAAAAAUGUGGUCUCCCCUCCUAUGUCAUAAAAAAUACAGUUUAUAUAUAAGUUCCUGUUACAUUUACACGUUAUUACGUUAGUCAUCAAUAAACAAUCGUGUAAUGACAAAAUUUAUAUUUUCAUACAUUUUUUCUCAACUGCAAUUUAUAUGAUGUUUGUUACAACAUAAGCUUAACAGUUUUAGUAAAAAUUUAUAUCCGAGCAAUAUAUAAACAAAUAAAAUCCAAUCUAUUUAUAGUAUUUUUGAACUUUCGAGUUUAACAAACUUGAUCGUUAAAUCGAUCAUGUUUGGUGGUCAUGGUGUCCAUCAGGGACUUGUCACGCUCAAAAAGAUCUUAUUUCCUUCCGGAUCUUGCAUCUCACCUCGUUCAUGUUCUUCCAAUACACACACACACACACACACACCUCGUGUCACUCUUUGGUUUUCAUUUUUCAUCGCGUAUAAAUCAAGUGUCUCGAACACGUUUCUCACAUUUGAUACAUUACACAACGCACUGUUCGAACGGAAUGAUUUCGCUUUGCGAGACAUUUGUGCAACAAAAGUGAAGUCAGUCCGCGCGGCGAGAGACGCUUUUAUCACCUUUUACAGACAGUCUGCGUCUAUAGAGAGGAAAAUGCAUCGAUGCGAAUCAACUGACUGAGAAAAACAAAAGCACACGCGAGUCGUUGUCGAUCGUGCAUUUUUCGCGAAUUAGAACAGAGACAAGUAAUUUUAGACUACAUCUCGCGCGUAGCAAGCGCCGGUAAUCGAUUUGAUAAGGAAGUGUAAUUGUAGAACAAAGUACAACAGCGAUAUUUUUUAAUUAACAUGUUGUUUCAUUAUUUCAGUAUAAUUUUGUGUCGAUAUAUAUAUAUAUAUAUGUAUGUAUAUAUAUAUUUAUUUAUUUAUUAGAUCACUUUACACUUAUAAAAAGAAAAAAAAACUUGUGUGCGAGGAAAGCAAAUUAUUGUCAAAAUUAUAGAAACGAUAAGGUUCAAUAUAAGAUUUGUAUUUUAUCAUUAGACUUUGUGUGUGUGUAUUUAUAUGUACACAUUUGCUACUGAGACUCACCUGCUGGUUCUGGUUGGUUGUAAAAAUUCCAUAGAAUGGAAUUUGUCCGCAAUUCCAUACUACAAAGUGGGCGAAAUGUAAUAAACUGUUUUUUUUUUUUGUUUCAACGCUCGUUCUCUCACGGGGUCGCUACCGUACAUACAUACAUGCGUUUUGUCGAAGAUCGUUUCUUCGACGUCGUCUCUGUGUGCGAAAAAAACAAACUCGGUUUUUCGCACAAGGGACAAAUGUGCCAGUGAAGACGCGCGCGAAUCAAGUGUAAACCUUUUAAUUACGUCAGACGGCGUGUUCGUCUUACGCAAUCCACGCAACCGAAUAAAGUUGCCAGUUCGAGAUACAAACGAGUUUUAAUAUGUUCAUUAGUUC